UUUUUUUUUUUUUUUUUUUUUCCACUGAGCGACAAGGCUCCACAUUGUGCACAGACCUGCCAGCCAACCCAAGGUUACACUGACGUUUUCUGCGCUCGAAAAAAAGGUAACAAAUGGAGACCUUCAAUCAUAAACUGAACACUUAUGUAGAGUCAUGGAUGGGCCCAAGAGAUCAGCGGGUGCGGGGAUGGCUGCUGCUCGACAACUACCCACCUACCUUUGCGCUCACAGUCAUGUACCUUCUGAUCGUGUGGUUGGGGCCCAAGUACAUGAAAAACAGGCAGCCGUACUCGUGCCGAGGCCUCCUGGUGCUCUACAAUCUGGGCCUCACGCUGCUGUCUUUCUACAUGUUCUAUGAGCUUAUGGCGGCUGCUUGGUACGGUGGAUACAACUUCUACUGCCAGGACAUUUACAAUUCACAAGAAGUGGAUACUAAAAUCGCACACGUCCUGUGGUGGUACUACUUCUCCAAGCUCAUCGAGUUCAUGGACACCUUCUUCUUCAUACUACGGAAGAACAACCACCAGAUCACCAUUCUUCACAUCUACCACCACGCCAGCAUGUUGAAUAUCUGGUGGUUUGUUAUGAACUAUGUACCCUGCGGUCACUCGUACUUCGGUGCCGCCUUAAACAGCUUCAUCCACGUUGUGAUGUAUUCAUACUACGGCCUCUCAGCCAUUCCAGCCGUGCGGCCGUACCUCUGGUGGAAGAAAUACAUCACACAGUUACAGCUGAGCCAGUUCUUUUUAACCAUGUCUCAGACCAUGUGUGCCGUCAUAUGGCCGUGUGGAUUCCCUAUGGGAUGGCUGUACUUCCAAAUAGGCUACAUCAUCACGCUCAUAUUCUUUUUCGCCAACUUCUACAUUCAGACGUACAAGAAGCACAGUGUUUCUCAAAAGAAGGAGCACCAGAACGGCUCUUCUCUACCAACAAACGGACACGCCAAUGGGACGGGGUCUUCGGAGCACACUGCGUACAAGAAGCUGAGGAUGGAUUGACAUUUGAUUGACAGCUCUCACUGUAGCGAGUUAGCCAAUGCUGCUAAGAGGUAUAUGUAUCUUCUUAGGUAGGAUAGUCUUGCACUCACUUGAGAUCAAAUAAGCCAUAGCCACAUGUAUCCAGAGACUGUCCAUGUUUUUGCACACAUUCCUACUCAUGGUAUUGUUCAUGUUCAUUAAAUCGGUAUAUUUAUGGAGAAGAGUAUUGCAGUAUGGUUGACACCGCACAAUAUUGCCUCCCCCGCCCGGCCUGUGGAGGAAAAACUCCUUCUAAAGCAAAAAAAAACUCUUUCCUGCUACCAGCAAACAAACUCACAAACGCACUCAUUAAAUGACGCUUUACACACAGAAGGUCCAAAGAUGAAGCGCCUGUGUGUGUCGGCAGCUCAAGGUUUCAUCGUCCUCGACAAACUACGGGACAAAUAAAACAACUCAGUGGUCUUUACAGUCCUUAAUGUGUAACUAGAGCAUGCAUCUUGCGCCUGCUUGACCUUACAUCCUGCCUCUAGCGUUGCAUAAUCCUAAAGUUUGCCCUGUGUGAUGCUGUAAUGUGUAUUUAUUGGAAGGUUGCAACAGCAGAAGUUUACAGAAGCAGAAGCAGAAGCGUCUACAGAUUAGAAUAUAUAGCCAUGUAAACAAAGUGUAACCAAAGCUUAGUGUACUAUACUUAUAUUUAAAACAGGUUAAGACACAAUGUUCAAGGGCCAUGUUGUGUAUUAUGAGCACAAUUUAAAAGCAUUUCCUUCGAACAUUUUACCCCUUGUGCAAAAAAGAAAAAAUCUGUUGAUCUCCUUUCAAAAUGUCUUUUAUCUACUGUAGUUUUAUCCAGUAAAUGCAAAAAGUACUUGAAACCCUUACAUCAUAGAAGAAGGCAAUGUCCUUUAGGCCGCAGUGCAACUGUUUAUAAAUAAAUAUUAGGGCUGUUAAACGAUCACGUUUGAAUCGCAAUUAAUCGCUGAAUUUCAAUAGUUAAUCGAGAUGAAUCACAUUUUUAAUCCUGUGUUUGAAAUUCAAUUUUUUCGCAUUUUAAAAUUAAAAUUGUUAGGCUUUUAUUUUGAAUUUGUGUACUGUCUUAAGCUGAGAGUAAUUAACCGUUUGAAUUCAACCCUGCUUUUAUUUUGAAAUAUAAGUAAGGACCUUUCAUGUAGAUCGAA